UAGUGGUAGUACAACUGAAAUAGCAUGUCUUUAUUGCAGUUAUGGUUAGUCGCACAAGAACCUUAAAAAAAACUUCAUAAACUAUAUAACAAUCACCAGUUCUUGUUUCUUCUUGUUUCUUCUUUAAAUUUGAAAUAUGGCUCAAAACGAAUCUUCGCCAUUGCUGGACGGCAGCCAAGCCAACUACAAAUCAGGCAAUUCUAGUAUCAACAGCAAUGAAGCAGAAGUUGUGACUGUCUUGACUUCGAAUCCUCCUAGUAUUAAAGUGGUUGUCUCGAAAGAUAGCGAUAAUCCAUCAGUUGAAAUGGAUGACAUCUAUAAAAAAAGACUCCAUGGUGCCAACAUCUAUGCUAUCUUCGCAGGGUAUGUAUGCAUAUAUCCCAAGAAAUAUGGUUAUCUGACUUUUCUCUCAGUAUCUAUGUCGCAGUUGUCUUAGCCUCUCUGGACAAUUCCAUUGUAGCUACCAUUUACCCUCAAAUUGGUACUGAAUUUAAAAGGUCAAAUGAAAUUAUCUGGAUUGCCACCUCGUACAUGCUGAGUUUUACAGCUCUUCAACCAUUGUAUGGUCGUAUUUCCGACGUAUUUGGUCGUAAAUCUGCUCUCUUAUUCGCUACUACUGUGUUUUUUUUGGGUUCUUUCCUUUGUGGUGCUGCUAAUAGCUUAUGGGUAUUGGUCAUUGCUCGUGCCAUUGCAGGUGUUGGUGGUGGUGGUAUUAAUUGUAUGACUACUGUAAUCAAUGCUGACUUGGUACCCAUCAGAGAAAGAGGCAAAUUUCAAAGUUAUGGUAACAUUGCCUUUACUGUUGGCUCAAUUUUAGGUGCUCCAUUAGGUGGUUUCCUUACUGAUACCCUUGGAUGGCGUUCAUGCUUCUAUCUCAACUUACCCUUUUUGUUGAUUACUAUCUAUGUUGCCUCUAAGCUCAUGACAAAUUACAACUUGGAAGAAAACACAACCGAAACUAUCCGUGAAAGAUUGAACCGUAUUGACUAUGCUGGUGCUACCACUGUUGUGAUUGCUGUCAUCUGUUUCUUGGUUGCUACUUCUUUGGGUGGCAACAUUAAGCCUUGGAGUGAUCCCAUUGUCUUGGGAUUUUUCGCUGGUGCUAUUUUAUUUACUCUUUUGUUCUGUGUUAUUGAAGCCAAGUUUGCUCUUCAUCCUUUGAUGCCUUGGCACAUUAUCACAAGCCGUACUCCUUUUGCCUGUGCCAUGGUCAACUUGUGGUGCCUUAUGGCCACAAGUGCUGUUAUUUACAUCACACCUCUCUUCUUCCAAGCUCUACUCGGCUUGAGCCCUUCUCUUGCUGGCAUUUACUUUACACCUAAGGUUAUUUUUGUCUGUAUCGGUUCGAUUUAUGCUGGUCAAUAUAUGUCUCGUACAGGUGAAUUCCGCAAGAUCACCAUUGCUGCUGCUAUUCUUUCAAUGAUUGCCAUGUUUGGUUAUACCUCUUGGACUCCCGAAACCAACAAGUUGUUUAUGUUUGUUUGUUUGGCUGCUGAUGGCUUAGCUAUGGGUAUUGUCAUUACUGCCAUCUUGAUUGGUUUGCAUUCAUGUGUAGCUCAUUCUGAAAUGGCUACCAUUACAUCCAUGUCUUACCUUUUCCGUUCUGUGGGUGGUGUCAUUGGUGUUUCCUUGACAUCUGCUAUUUUCCAAGGUGUUGUCAAGCACAUUUUGGUUCAACAGAUCAAGGGCCCUGAUGCUGAAUUGUACAUUGAAAUUGCUCGUAAAUCCAUGACUGAAGUCCGCAACCUUUUACCACCCGAUAUUCUUGACGUUGUUCUUGACUCAUACCAAGUCGCACUCCGUUAUACUUAUGCCUCUUGUGCUAUUAUGAGCUGUCUCACUCUUUUCAGCAGUCUCUUAAUCCAAGGUGGUGAUCUUCAUACUAGAAAAUAGAGAGAAAAUCUUUUCUCAAUGCAAUAAAAUGUACAUAAUUUCUAUUAAAUGAAUGCUUAUAAGCCACUCAA